AUGUCUUUUCAAAGAGACCCUGCUGCUACAAAAGCAGCGCUAGAGCAGCUGAAGUUCAAGAAAGUUCAGAGGCAACAGAAUACCUCUCUAAACCAUAGUGGCCCUUCUAACGUAGCAUCUUGGGGUGCGGAGUCGUCAAGACACGAUGCACCGCCAAUGCAGUCGCGGGAUGCGACUAUUGCAUCGCGGUACUUUACCGCGACACCAACAUCUCCCGGCAACGUCUUGGUGCCCAGUUCAAGUCCUCCAACUUCCGAUCCCUUUAAUCGCCCCCAUCCGACGCCGUGGCCGCAGCAGAAUUUUUUCCAUGCUAUCCCAGCCCCCACACAUCCUUAUUAUAUGGCUGGGACCAGCGGGCCACCCACUGGUGACCCGCUGUCGGCACCGAGCGGUUUCAUGGCCACCAACGGCGCUCCCCACGCGUCAUUCACGCGUCCCUGGGGUGCCAAUGGUAGAAGCAUAUCGGAGGUUGAGGGUACCAGUGAUGUGGAGCCACCACGGAAGCGUGCAAACCGUGGGCCCUCCUCGCCCAGAGACCCUCUUGACUUCCUCAGCACACCCGACUCCCCUGAAGUUCAACGCCCUGGCCAACGACACAAACUCAAUGGCAACUCUGUAUUGUCCCCUACAUCCUCAGACGAGUCACUGCCCGAGAUUAGAGACGUUCUGGCUGGCCCGUCGAAGCCUCGCAUAGUUCGAGGACAUCGUUCUCUGCAGCCACAACCCCAGCCUUCAUCGUCGGAGCAAUCACAGUCAGAAGCUGAGGAUGCAAGAUUCACUCGCUUUAGGUUGACCCAAAUCGAACACUCUUCUGAUAUCGUGCGAGCUGCCUGGCGGGAGGCCCAUGGCGAUGUGCGUAAUGCAUCGGAACUGCUGAACGACCCAAACUGGAAACCAACUGUGUUGACACCUCCACCGCGUGUCGUUCAUCCACCUGUGGAAACUGGACGUGUGAAGGAGAUCGACGAUACCACUAAGGCUCAGAGGGCGGCCGUGCGGGAGAAGGGAAAGAAGUCGCUCAUUUACAAGAACCGGAUAGAUCUUGAAGCAAGCAAGGCCUCUUCACCUGCGACACCGCUUCCAACAACUUUCGCUAUAUCGACGUCACCGAGGUCCUCACCAGCAAGUCCCGAAGUCGCCAACGCUCGUCCGCGUCGAUUGAAGAGAAAGGUUGUCGACUCGGAUUCCGAGCCUGACUAUGUUGACAGUGACGACGAACCCAGUCGUGCGAAACGUGCAAGGGAGGACGGAUCAAUGGAAGUUCGUGCACUAGAGUACUUCAACACUGCGUCGGCACCAACUCUCCAGGAGCUCACAGGGUGUACUGUGGAGCAGGCCUCCAAGAUCAUAGAACUACGGCCAUUCCCUUCAGCUAGUGAUUUAAAGGCUAAGCUCGGUCAAGGGAAGAAGCGUGCUGGACCUGCUGGGAUUAGCCCAAGAAUGUUCGAGGAUUCAGUCGCCAUCAUCGAAGGGUAUGGCCAGGUCGAUAACAUCGUUGAGGACUGUGAACAGAUUGGGGCGGAACUCAGAAGGGAGAUUGCAAGCUGGACCGAUACGGGCAAGGGCAAGAUGAAGGACACGUCUUCGGGUUCGCUCUCUCCCAACAUAUCCGAGGACGGGGCGCUGAGCUUGCGGGCUACGGCGAUCUCAGCCGACCGCAGGCCGAAGUACUACUUGACCUCUCAGCCUUCGCUCCUCUCAGAUCAUCUCCAACUGAAAGAAUAUCAGAUGGUUGGUGUAAAUUGGUUGAACCUCUUGUAUCGGAAGAAGUUGAGUUGCAUCUUGGCGGACGAGAUGGGCUUAGGCAAGACAGUUCAAGUCAUCAGUUUCCUGGCACACCUGAAAGAGCAAGGUCGCAAAGGCCCUCAUCUCAUUGUCGUCCCUUCUUCCACACUGGAGAACUGGUGUCGGGAAUUUUCUAAUUUCGCUGACUCUAUCAAAUACGUUACGUACUAUGAGUCGAAAGAAAAGAGACCGAAGUUGCGUGAGGAGUUACUCCGAACACAGCGAUCCAAGAAGGACGACGGUUGGGAGGUCCUCAUCACGACGUACGCCCUGGCGCAGGGAGACGAGAAGGACCGCAAGUUCUUCCGCCAUAUACCUUGGGAUGCUUGUGUCUUCGACGAAGGCCAUGUACUCAAGAACUUCCAGUCCCAACGCUACCAGGCACUGCUCAGGUUUGAGUCGAGAUGGCGGUUACUUCUGACUGGAACUCCCCUGCAGAACAAUUUGCAGGAACUUGUGUCGUUGAUGAACUUCAUCCUUCCACAAAAAUUCGCAGGGCGCAUGGAGUCUUUACGCGCUGUCUUCAAGACGAAGGGCGACUCCAAAGUUACUUUACUCGCUCAAGAACGUGUCUCGAGAGCUAAGAAGAUGAUGACGCCCUUCGUCCUUCGACGCCGGAAGGACCAAGUCCUGAAAGAUCUCCCGAAGAAGAGUGAGCGAAUAGAAUGGUGCGAGAUGACUCCCCUUCAGAAGUCCAUAUACAACGAGGCUCUGCGACGGUCGCGGAAGACUGUGUUCGAUGCCUCCGCGAACGGAGCAGAGGUCCCAGAAGAUCCUCCCGCCAACGGCCGCAGCAAGACAGCCAAGAAGCCGAAGGCGAACCCCCGGCCAAAGGACAAACUGUACGCGGAGAACAGCGCGAACGUGCUGAUGGACUUGCGCAAGGCGGCGUCACAUCCGAUGCUUUUCCGAAGGCGGUUCACGGACGACACCUUGGCUUCAAUCGCAAAGGUGGUGCUCAACGAACCCGACUUCAAGAAGCGGGGUGCGAUGUUCCAGUAUGUCAAGGAGGAUAUGCAGGUCAUGACCGAUGCCGAGCUGCAGGUCUUCUGCUCUUCGUAUAAGUCGACGCGGAAGUUCCUUCAGCAAGACGACUGCUACCUGCAGGCCGGCAAAGUCAAGGUGUUACUCACUCUCCUGCGAAGGUACAUGGGGGAGAACAGGCGUGUGCUCGUGUUCUCGCAGUUCACGCAAGUGCUGGACAUCCUCCGGAAGGUGCUCGACAAGCAGAGCGUGAAAUACUUGGUGUUGACUGGCAGUACGCCGGUGGACGUCCGGCAGACCCUCGUCGACGAGUUCACGGAGGACAAUUCAAUCACUGUCUUCCUGCUCUCCACCAAGGCGGGUGGCAUGGGUAUCAACCUGACAGCAGCUAGCGUCGUCAUCAUGUUUGAUCAGGACUUUAAUCCACAUAAUGACAGACAGGCGCAAGAUCGCGCAUACCGUAUCGGUCAAAAGCAGGAUGUCGAUGUGGUGACGUUAAUCACAAAGGGCUCCAUAGAAGAAGACAUGCUAGCUCUCGGCCAGACGAAGCUAGCUCUAGAUGAAGCUGUCGCAGGCGAGGGCGAGGAGAAUGUCGAGCGGGAGAUGAAGACGUCGCUGAUGAACGUCGUGCGGAAGAAGCUAGAGGCGAAGGAGGACGACGAGGUGCUGACGGAGGAUAAAGGCCCACUAGAUGUCGAGAGCCCGUUGAGCGCACUAGACGACGAGAGCUCAUGA